AUGGCGACUGAGGAAAAAACAGUACAUGUGCCGCACGUGUACUGUUCUUUCACUCAGCCGAAAAUUGAACUAGCUCCCAUGGCUCGUACGAUGUUGUUCGAAAUAAAUGAUUAUUAUUAUUAUUAUUAUUAUUAUAGAAAAAAUAAUACGAUCGUGCUGCUAUUUUACAUAUCAUUAACCGAAGAAAGAUCGACCAGAAUCAAAAGGAACUCUCACGUACCAGAACCCGGCGUGCCUUCGUUUAGAAGAGAUUCUGUAGAAUAUGUACCGAAAUUUCCUAUUGGAGAUCAAAAAUUACCGUAUACACAAAAGGCUGAAUACGGAUCCAGUAGGUUGCCAUUAAGAAGUGCUGUCGAAAGUAUUCCUAACAUAAUAGAGAAUUCGAGGAGAUUACCUUUACGUGACGCAGUAGAAAAAAGACCACCACCAGACGAACCGGUAGAUUUACAAAAAACUACAAAACAAAAAACUCACAAUCCUACUUUUUUAUAUCCCCCAAGCGUUAGUCCAACAGGACAACUCGAUUUUUCUGACGACGAUAGCGUGGAAACAAUUCCAAACGAUAAUCCCCAAUACGUUUACUUUCCCCAAUCUCAAUAUUAUCCUUAUUAUCCUUACAACAACCAACAACAAACUUUUUAUACUCCAAUUAAUAUUUUUCGCGACAUUCUAACCGACUACCGGUCUGCGAGACCGUACAGGAUUAGCAACGGCUACCAGCAACUAUUAGUCAGUCCUUACAGCUUACCAAGAGGACGAAAUGUGGAUCUCGAAAAUCCUUUCAUAAGAAAUCAAAGACGAAAAAAGAGUAUAGAAGAAGAUAAAAGGAUAGUGUGUUACGUGGACGGUAUAGCUUCGUAUAGAAAAGAACCGUUGACUUUCAAUCCUGAGGAUUUGGAUCCUUUUCUCUGUGGAUACAAAGCAAUUACAAGUAUGCGCGAAAAAAACCCUCAUUUAAAAGUUUUAAUAUCACUUGGAGGCAGUACAGAUGAUGGAUCACGUCGAUUUAGUCACAUGGUGUCCAAUGCCGAAAAACGUAGAAAUUUUAUACGUUCUGUGAUUUACUUCGUAACCAAAUAUAAUUUCGAUGGUCUAGAGGUCCAUUGGGAGUAUCCAGGAGCUGAAGAAUCAGGUGGGCACAUUGCUGACAAAGAAUUCCUCGGCGUCUUCCUAGAAGAACUGUCCGAAAUUUUCAAAUCCAAUAAUUGGAUCCUGGCCGUAUCGGCACCGGCUUCAAGAUUUAAAAUUGAAGACGGUUUUGAUCCCGUCAAACUUGGAAACAUUGUGGAUUUCGUCAACGUCCAGGCGUACGAUUUUCACCUCGACCGGGAACUGAUAGCGGACCAUCCUUCCAAUUUGUUUGGCAGACCCGAAGAUACGGGAUUAAAUAUUUUUCUUAGCGUGGAUUACGCCGUCCAAUUUUGGCUGAGAAAAGGCUUCCCCAGUUCCAAGCUGGUGGUAGGUAUUCCUUUCUUCGGCAGAUCAUUCACCCUUCUAUAUUCGAACGAAACCGAAAUCGGUUCGCCUAUAAAAGGUCCCGGCAGGGAAGGAUAUUACACAAGGACUCCGGGACUGUUGGCCUAUUUCGAAAUAUGCGAUAUGAUUUUGAACGAAGGUUGGUUCCGAAAUGAAGACGGUUCGGGUUCUCCUUAUAUCGUUAACGGUGACCAAUGGGUUGGGUACGAUGAUAUUGAUAGUAUUAAAAGAAAGGUUGAUUACGUCAAAGAAAAUCAUCUUGGGGGUGUAGCAGUAACCGCGGCAGAUUUCGACGAUUUUAAAGGUCUAUGUGGCGUAAAAUGGCCUUUACUGACCGUAGUUAAUAGCGAACUUAAAGGAGUAACUCCGACGUUUUUAAGCGACACCUACGUCCCUCCGACUAAGCCACUCGGCGUUUGCGAUUCGGUCGGCUAUUUCAGCGACUCCACGAACUGCGCCGCUUACUACAUUUGCAAAAACGGUCUGCUCUAUCAUCUAUCGUGCGGAGCCGAUCUGAUGUUCAAUCCCAUCAACGCCAAAUGCGACCAAGUCAAUCCAGAGUACUGUAGGCCUGGCGAAACCGUUUAUAUCCCGUCUAGUUUGAAAGAACUGGAUCUUGCUAGUUUAAAGGAAAGCGUUAAAGACUACAAACCUAAGGUAGUUUGCUACGUCACGAACUGGGCAUUUUACAGAAAAGGCGAUGGAAAAUUUGUUCCCGAACACAUAGACCAAAGGUUAUGUACCCACGUAGUCUACGCUUUCGCCAGUUUAGAUGCAGAGAAAUUGUUGAUCAAAGAAUUCGACGCUUGGGCGGAUUUGGACAACAAUCUUUACGAACGUAUAACGUCUUUAAGAGACACCAAAGUGUUACUGUCGCUCGGCGGUUGGACAGAUUCCACCGGUGAUAAGUAUUCGAGGUUGGUGAGCGAUGGAUCGGCAAGAAGACGAUUCGUUAUAGGUGUCGUGAGUUUUCUGAGGAGACACAAAUUCAGAGGACUUCAUUUCGAUUGGAACUAUCCGACCUGUUGGCAGAGCAACUGCAAAAGAGGACCGUCUUCUGAUAAAGCGAAUUUCGCCAAAAUCGUACAAGAAUUGAGAAAAGAAUUCGACAAACAAUCUCCACCAUUGAUCUUAGCAGCCGCCAUAUCUGGAUACAAAGAGGUGAUAGAUUUGGCUUACGAUCUUCCUCUGCUGGGACAAAAUUUGGAUUUCUUUUCUGUGAUGAGCUACGACUAUCAUGGAGCUUGGGAGCGACAGACGGGUCACGUUAGUCCUUUGUAUGGAAAACCGAGUGACAAAUAUCCUCAGUACAAUGUUAACUUUACAAUGGAAUACCUCGUCGCAAAGGGUGCGCCGCGCGAAAAACUUCUCAUGGGCAUACCAUUUUACGGGCAAUCUUUCGAAUUAAUGAGAAAAGGCAGUUACGGAGAAUCGGCUCCGGCGAAUGGUCCGGGAGAACCCGGAGAAUAUACCAAACAACCCGGAUUGCUGGCUUACUACGAAAUUUGUCAUCGUGUGAGGACUCAAAGAUGGGGCGUUGGUAGGGAGAAUUCGGGACCGUAUGCUUAUGGUGCAGAUCAGUGGGUUGGGUUCGAAGAUAUAACGUCACUUAAAGAAAAGACUUCCUACAUCAAAUCACGAGGAUUCGGAGGCGCCGUCGCUUGGACGAUAGAUUUAGACGACUUUAAUAACAGAUGCUGCGAUGGAUCAUUCCCUCUAUUAAAAACCAUUAACAACGAAUUAGGACUUAUACCAGAUAAGCCCGCUAAAACAGACUGUACCAAACCCCCAUCUCCAUCUACACCUGCCCCUCCAUUGACUACCACCGGCGUGGAUUCCGGAGCGAAUAAUGAACAUCAUCAUCAUCACAAUCACGAAGAGGAAACUACUUCUACUACUAGAAAAACCACAACAUCGGCUUGGUGGAGUACAACCGAUAGUACAACUAGUAAACCUACGACGCCUUGGUGGCAAAAUCCAACUACCGCGAGUACUUGGUGGAGCACCCAAUCGACUACAAGCAAACCUAGUAGACCUAGUACUACUCCACUAUGGUGGAUGACUACCAAAUCUACAACAACGAGAACGACAACAAGAUGGCCGAUAGAACCAGCAUACCCUACUGAAGAGCCAAUUAUUAUUCCACCGCCGGCAGUAAUCAGUCCGGAGAUUGACGUGCCUCCUAAAAAAUGUGAACCAGGAGAAUAUUUGCCCGAUACCAUGAAUUGCAACGUUUUUUACAGAUGUGUUGCGGGAGAACUCAGAAAACAGUACUGCGCAGGCGGAUUGCACUGGAACAAAGAACAGCGUAUAUGCGAUUGGCCCAAGGAAGCUAAAUGCAAAGAGGAGAAUGCUUACCAAACUCCUCCACCAACAAAUAAACCUACUAGAAAACCUUCGACUACGGCGUCUUGGCAGACCACUCGAAGGACAACUACAACUACUAGCAGAACUACAACUACUAGCAGAACUACAACUCAGGCGCUAGUUACUGACGAUUCUUGCGAAUCUGGUGCUUAUUAUCCCCAUGAACUUUGCAACCAUUUUUAUGUGUGUUUCAACAAUAGAUUGGUGGAGCAAUCUUGUGCUCCUGGACUUAACUUUAACGCUCAAAAGGGUAUGUGCGACUGGACGUUCAAGGUCAAGUGCACCAAUAGGAAGAAAAUGGCACAGAAAUUUACAAUUAUUCAUGACAGAUUCCUCGGACAACAUCCCCAACCGUAUUCGAGUUGUGAUGGAAAUAGUUUUGCAGCAUUACCAGGUAGCUGUAAUCAAUAUAUGCAUUGUCAAUGGGGUAAAUAUGAUAUUCGCGAAUGCGCUCCUGGAUUACAUUGGAAUAAUGAAAAGAAACUAUGCGAUUGGCCGCAAAACGCGCACUGUACAGAAGAAACGGACACUAACGAACUAGACCCGGAUCCUCGUCCUGAAUCCGAAUCAAAUCCAUGGGACAGACCGCCACAAUCCGCUACAGUCCAACCUCCGCAAUGGACACCACCUAGUACUACAGAAUGGACAUGGACACCGCCAUCCUCCACAGAAUCAUCCGAAGAAAACAAUUGGGAGUGGCACCCACCCAUUCCUCCGACAUCGGAAAAACCACCUUUACCGGAACCACUGAAGCCGUUGUCGGGCUAUUUCAAAAUCGUUUGUUACUUCACUAACUGGGCUUGGUACCGACCCGGUAUUGGUAAAUAUUUACCAGAAGAUAUCGAUGCGGAUCUAUGUACGCAUAUUGUCUACGGGUUCGCCGUACUCGACUAUUCCAACUAUAUCAUCAAAGCGCACGAUUCCUGGGCUGAUUUUGAUAAUCAAUUCUAUAAAAGAGUUAUCGAAUACAAAUCGAAAGGCGUUAAAGUCUCAAUCGCUAUUGGAGGAUGGAAUGAUUCUCUUGGCGAUAAAUAUUCAAAACUGGUCAACAAUCCUGCCGCCAGAAGACGAUUCAUCGAGCACAUUUUGAAAUUUUUGGACAAGUACGGAUUCGAUGGAUUAGAUUUAGAUUGGGAGUAUCCCAAAUGUUGGCAGGUCGAUUGUAAAAAAGGUCCUGACUCGGAUAAACCUGCGUUCGCUGAGUUCGUUAAAGAAAUAAAGGAAGCUUUCGAACCCAAAGGCUACUUAUUGUCAUCGGCCGUGUCCCCAAGUAAAACCGUCAUUGACGCCGGAUAUGACGUACCAAAAAUCGCCAAAUAUUUAGAUUGGAUCGCAGUGAUGACGUACGAUUUUCAUGGUCAAUGGGACAAACAAACAGGACACGUUGCUCCGUUAUUCUACCAUCCUGAAGACGAAGUUGCUUUCUUCAAUUCAAACUUCUCGAUUCAUUACUGGAUUUCCGAAGGCGUGCCUCGCAGAAAGAUCAUCAUGGGUAUGCCCAUGUACGGUCAAUCGUUCCGUUUAGAGAAAGAAUCCGAACAUGGUCUUAACGCCAAGGCUCCGGGACCCGGUGAAGCUGGCGAAUUUACGCGAGCUGCCGGAUUUUUGGCUUACUACGAAAUAUGUCACUACAUACAAGAUAAAACGUGGACUGUUGUUCAAGAUCCUCUAGGCAGGAUGGGUCCGUAUGCUUAUAAAGGAAACCAAUGGGUGUCGUUCGACGAUAGAGAGAUGAUUAAGAAGAAAUCGGAGUUUAUAAGAAAAUUAGAUUUGGGAGGCGGUAUGAUUUGGGCCCUGGAUUUAGACGAUUUCAAAAACAGGUGCGGUCAAGGCAGACAUCCAUUGCUAACCAUAAUCAGAAAUACUUUAGCUGAUCCUGGUACGGGUCAGCAACAGUCCAUCGAUGACCUCGUUCCUUCUAAACUAGAGGAAGCUGAGCCAGUUAUUAUCGAAGAAGAAAACUCAAAUGACGGCGAAAAAGAAAAACUUCCUAUUACAGAAUUAGAACCGCUUACAGACUCUAAUUCCGAGUUCAAAGUGGUGUGCUACUUCACCAACUGGGCUUGGUACAGACAAGGUGUGGGUAAAUACGUUCCAGGCGAUAUCGAUCCAGAUUUAUGCACCCACAUAGUUUAUGGGUUCGCCGUUUUAAAUGGAGACGAAUUGGUCAUCAAACCGCACGAUAGCUGGGCCGAUUUCGACAACAAAUUCUACGAAAAGGUGACUGCAUUUAAAUCCAAAGGUAUCAAAGUCUUGAUCGCCAUUGGCGGUUGGAACGAUUCAGAAGGCGAUAAAUAUUCGAAAUUGGUUAACAGUGCUUCAGCUAGGAGGCGCUUCAUAGCCCAUGUCACAGAUUUCAUUCAGGAAAAUAACUUUGACGGUUUGGAUUUGGAUUGGGAGUAUCCCAAAUGUUGGCAAGUAGAUUGCAACAAAGGUCCCGUUACUGAUAAGGCCGCUUUUGCUGCCUUCGUCGAAGAGUUAUCAGAAGUGUUCAAACCGAGGGGAUGGUUGUUAUCGUCGGCAGUAUCGCCUAGCAAAAGGGUGAUUGAUGCUGGAUACGAUGUACCGGUUCUAUCCAAAUAUUUGGACUGGAUUGCGGUUAUGUGCUACGAUUAUCACGGGCAAUGGGAAAAAAUCACUGGUCACGUGUCGCCCAUGUACAAUCAUCCUGAAGACGUUGAUGAUACUUUUAAUACGAACUUCACAAUCAAUUAUUGGAUAGAAAACGGUGCAGACAGGAAAAAACUUGUGAUGGGCAUGCCUAUGUACGGCCAAUCGUUUUCACUAAGCGAUAACUCCAAUUACGGAUUAAACGCUCCAACCUAUGGAGGAGGAGAGGCUGGCGAAGAAACAAGAGCAAGAGGAUUUUUAUCAUAUUACGAGAUUUGCCGUAACAUUCUCCACAAAGGUUGGACCGUAGUCAGAGAUUCGAAAGGUAGAAUGGGUCCCUACGCCUACCAUAGAGACCAAUGGGUAUCGUUCGACGACAUAGGAAUGAUCAGACACAAAUCAGAGUACAUCAGAGCAAUGGGUUUAGGUGGCGGCAUGAUAUGGGCAUUGGAUUUGGACGAUUUCGGAAAUUUGUGUGGCUGCGAACAAUAUCCUUUGCUGCGAACCAUUAACAGGGUUCUAAGGAAUUACAGAAGACCUGAUCCUAAAUGCGUUUUAGGUAAACCAAGCAAACCAACAAAAAAACCGGUUACUAUACCUUCGAUUGAAACAUCUUCUGUUCCUCCUUCACCUCCUAUAGUAACAGAAAAACCAGGAAAUGAUUUAGAACCGAUCCUACCUUGUAGCGGUCGAUUAUUUGUAUCCCAUGACAGCAACUGCAACCAAUACUACGUGUGCAACCAAGGUCAGCUGCAGAUUCAAACGUGUCCGAACAAUCUAUACUGGAACAAAGACCAUUGCGAUUGGCCGGAAAAUACGCAGUGCCAUCCCGACGGCAGUACUACCGCUCCGAUAGAUGAAUCUACCGAGGUGUCAGAUACUGUUCGACCUUCGGUUGAUAAUUUGCCCACAAGGCCUCCUUAUCCCGGAACUGAUGGUUUUGUACAUGACGAUGGACUAAAGGUUGUUUGUUACUUCACCAAUUGGGCAUGGUACAGACAAGGUGAUGGUAAAUAUCUCCCCUCCGAUAUAAAUCCUGAUUUAUGUACGCAUAUCAAUUAUGGGUUUGCCGUUUUGGAUUCGGGGACUCUGACGAUUAAACCGCAUGAUUCUUGGGCUGAUAUUGACAAUGAUUUUUACAAGAAAGUUGUCGAAUACAAAUCCAAAGGAAUCAAAGUUCUCAUCGCGAUUGGGGGGUGGAAUGAUUCGCUUGGUGACAAAUAUUCAAGACUCGUCAAUAAUCCACAAGCGAUAUCUAGAUUUGUAACUAACGUUAUAGAAUUCAUAGAAAAAUGGGGAUUCGAUGGUUUGGACCUCGAUUGGGAGUAUCCAAAGUGUUGGCAAGUGGACUGCAAUAAAGGCCCCGAUUCAGACAAAGAAGGAUUCGUUAGUCUAGUCAGAGAAUUGAGCGCUAGUUUCAAACCUCGAGGACUGUUGCUUUCGACUGCGGUUUCACCGAGUAAAACCGUAAUAGACGCGGGCUAUGAUGUGGCUUCGUUGAAUAGUUAUUUCGAUUGGAUAGCCAUUAUGACCUACGAUUUCCACGGUCAUUGGGAUAAACAAACUGGACAUGUGGCACCAUUGUAUUAUUACCCUGGCGAUACUUAUGAUUACUUCAAUACGAAUUUCACUAUCCAUUACUGGAUAUCGAAAGGAGCUACGCCGGAAAAAUUAAUUAUGGGACUACCGCUGUACGGACAAUCAUUUACUUUGGCUGAAUCGAGUAGCAGAGGUCUGAACGAAAAAACGUACGGUCCAGGCGAAGCAGGAGAAUUUACGAGAGCCGGCGGAUUUUUAGCUUUCUACGAAAUUUGCGAAAGGGUUAAAAAACGCGGAUGGACCGUCUCUCGAGAUCCCGAAGGAAGGAUAGGUCCUUACGCGUCGCACGGUAAUCAAUGGGUGUCCUACGAUGAUAUUUCAGAAGUGAGAAGAAAAGCGAAGCUGAUGAAAGACUGGGGUCUAGGCGGUGGGAUGGUAUGGGCGUUGGAUUUGGACGAUUUUAGAAAUAGAUGCGAAUGCGGCCAUCAUCCGCUAUUAAAAACUUUGAACAAAGAACUUAGAGGAAUCGAAUCUGAUAUUACGUUACAGAAUUGUACUUAAAAAAAAUUAUUAUAUAUAAGUAACUGAAUAAUUUAUUAAAAAUAGUAAAUUUCGGUUUUGAUUUGAUGAAGAAUCGGAAUAAUUUUUUUUGUAGUAUAAUGUACAAAAUAUUUUUUCUUCUUUGUAACGUUUAUAUUCUCUACGUUUAAAAGGAUACAAAAAUAUAUGUUCUUACGAUUUUUAAU